AUGGAUGCCAGAGCACGGCUAGUCUGCAUGCUGCUUCUGUGGCUGUGGGCUCACAGAUCUCAUCAUACAGGAGCUGUUUCUCUCCCUCAGAAAAGAGACUCAUUCCUAAGCGAGGUCCCUCUGUCUCAGGAAAAGAGCCUUGAGAUCUCUCAAUACAAUCCUGACGUCCACCUCAUCCGGAGUAAACCGAGCAACCAAGCAAGACCCUAUAGCCUUUCUCUCUCUCCUGAUGACUAUCACUACUCCCCCAAGCCCAAGCAUCUACGCACCCCUCGGCUGAUGAAAAUGCUGGGCUCAUCCUUUGACCCCUUCUGGAUGUCUCUUGAGAACCCCCGCAGUUGGAACACGAGUCUAGAGGAACUGGGCACCCUGAGCGAGGACCUGGCAGAACGCACAGCCCGACUUAAGAAGAAACUCCUUCAGGAAGCUCAAGGAUUAGAUCUUCCUGAGCUGCUGACUUCUGAGGAUGGCGUUCCUCACAAUCAGAGCCAAGCUCUCAAACACCGCCUCCAACAGUGGCUUGUGGAUACCGCUACCUGCCACUUGACCUCUUCAUGGGUGGACAUGGGACCCAUCUUUUGGCCACGCUGGAUACGCCACACAGACUGUGACCCAAUGCAUGCAGGCUGCUCCUGGCCUCCUGGUAUGACUUGCCAACAUGCACAGGUCACCCACAUCAAGCUUCUGGCAUGGCAUUGUUGGGCAAGCAAGGAGGAGGUUGUCAGCCCUAGAAGGCCUCCACAGCAAUGUGCCUGGAGGCAGAUCCCUUAUCCUGUGGUGGCUGCAUGCAAGUGUGUUUGCCAAUGAACAGAUAAUGUGGAAUAGUGCCAACUCUGGAUGUUUUGCUGGAAGCCAAUGGAAAUCUUCAGCUACAUAGUUGGUCACAGAGUGAAAGAACAUUAUCUUGCUACCUGAAUUAGAGACAAAAUAGACCAAGAGAUGAUUGAAGUGGUACUCCCCAAAGACAGUGCCCUGGAGAUAUCUUUCUUUACAGCAAGGGGAAGAAACUAAGCUUUGGCAUCACUGCCAUAAUGAGAGGAAGAAUGCCAAGGGGAAUAAUGUAAGGGAAACACUGGUGCCUUCAUCUGUUGGGCUU